AUGUUCUCAGGCACGUCGCAGGACAAGGGGAGGCAGAGUUCCGCGGGAAAGUUCUUCGGCCGCCGUCACCACAAGGACAAGGACAGGCCCAGCAAUGAAACCCAUCUCUCGACCCAGAGCCCCCAAGGGAGCGCCCAUGGCUCGCAGUCGUCACGACACUCCCACAGACACACGAGCUCCGUCGCCUCUGUAGAUCGCCCGCUGUCCCUCGGCCCGGAGCAAGGGCUGGCAAUGCAGGCUGGCAUCUACUCGAGCAUACCAGUGCCUUCCUACGAGCAGAACAGCAACGCCCCGCGCCUGGUCGACGACCCCUACGGUGUACCCCAGCCUCACCACCUCGACAAGUCGACCGGUGACUACCACCAGUACCCCGUCUUCGAUCCCUCCAAGAUGCCCCAGAAUGGCUACGCGAACGCUGGGCCGCCGCGCCCGCCACCCCACGCCACGGGCUCCGCAAUGGCUUCUUCUCAGCCCGGCGACAGAGGUGUCUCGAUCCAGCAGUGGGGCUCGGCAGGCCGGGGAAGCAAUGGCAACACAUACACAUCAUACACAGACUCCUCGAAUAAUACGCGCACGUCUUCAGACCAGGCGAGCGUCUACUCUAAUGACUCCAGAAACCGCACCUCCAAUGUCUACUACCCGCAGCAGAGCCAGUCUCAGUCUACCUUCUCCUCCAUCGGCCUCGACGCCGGCAGCCUACUUCCCAUGGCCGCAUCUACGCCGCGCGAUUCGCACCGCCAUUUACUACAUUCGAACCAGCCCUCAGCGUUUUCAUCGACAUCUUCUUUUGGCCAGAAUGGCUUCUCGAUACAAAGACCAGCGGAUCAUGUGGUGGAGCAGGAAUUCAUGAAGUUGAUGGAAAGAAGAGGAUGGAAGAGCUUACCGGAGCAGGCGCGGCGGCAGAUGGAAGCCUACAAGAUUGAUAAAAAGUGGACACUGGUGCAUCAGGAUAAGCUGGCCGAGUUCAAGCAUGAAGAAAGAAAGAGACAGACACAACGGCAAACAUAUGUGGGAGGCGCAAAUCCGGACGUACUAGCGAGGGCGGAAGAGGAGGGCUCGCCGGAGUGGUACGUCAAGAAGGUUAUGGAUAAUUCCAUCACGUUGAAGCAGAUGUCGAGCUUGGAAAUCAGCCUGCGAACACAGCCAAUUGCCUGGGUGCGAGGAUUUAUUGAGGCACAGGGUCAGAUUGCGCUCACGAAUGUGCUGGCCAAGAUCAACCGCAGGAAAGGGCAAGGACCAGCACCUCCACCUAACUCGGUCUUGCAAAAGGCGGAGAAUGAUACUGAGCGCGAGUACGAGAUUAUCAAGUGUUUGAAGGCGUUGAUGAACAACAAGUACGGCGCCGACAAUGCGCUGCAAUAUCCCUCCAUCAUCCAAGCGCUCGCCGGCUCGCUCAUCUCUUCGCGAUUGAACACGCGAAAAGUUGUCUCGGACGUCUUGACCUUCCUCUGCCAUUUUGGCGGUGGUACUGGUCACGAGAAGGUUUUGCAGGCGCUCGAUGCCCUCAAGACGCAAUAUGGCGAGAAUGGACGAUUUGACGCGUGGAUGCGCAUUGUGGAAGUCACGGUUGAUGGACGCGGAAAGAUGGGCUCAAUGGUCGGCGCCUCAGAAGAGGUCCGAAGCGGAGGUAUCGGUGUGGAGAACCUGCUAAUGGAAUACGCAAUCGCUACACUGUUCCUCAUCAACAUGGUUGUGGAUAGCCCAGACCGAGACUUGCAGCUCAGAAUGCAUAUCCGAGCUCAGUUCACAGGAUGCGGUAUCAAGCGUGUCUUCAAGAAAAUGGAGGGCUUCCAGUACGAUGUUAUUGACAAGCAGAUCGAACGGUAUAUGACCAAUGAAGCUGUCGAUUACGAGGAGUACCUGGAGGUGGAGAACAACUCCAUGGUGGACGACGUGGAGGGCGAAGGCAAGGAUCUCAAUGACCCAAUUCAGAUCGCAGAUGCGAUAAACAGCAAGAUCAUCAACACUCGGGAGCAAGACUACUUCGUUUCGGCCAUGCAGCAUCUGAUGAUCAUCCGAGAUACCAACGGCGAAGACCGGUUGAAGAUGUUCCAGCUCGUGGAUUCUAUGCUAAGUUAUGUUGCCAUGGAUCGCCGUCUACCGGAUAUGGACCUGAAACAGAGUCUGAACUUCACCGUGCAGUCUUUACUCGACAAGCUAUAUACCGAUUCGGAAGCGCGACAAGUACGAGACGAGGCAAUCGAAGCUCGGCAAAUCGCAGAUUCCGCAAUUGCUGAGCGCGACGAGGCCAAAGCACAGCUUGAACUGGGCGCAGAUGGCUUGGUUCAGAAGCUCCAGAAACAGCUUGCAGAACAAGAGAAUAUCAUCGCUGUAAGAGGGAGGCAGAUCGAGCAGAUGAAAGCCGAACUAGCUGAGAUCUCAAGAAUACGGGCCCAAGAGCUGCAGCGCAACGAAUUGGAAACGCGUGAGCUGUACUUGAUGCUUAGGGAUGCUCAAGAUGUUGCAGCAUCAGCAGCGAAGAACAAAGGAAAGGAGGAUCUCGGUGCUGCCGACCCUGCGCAAAUGCAAGGCAUUCUGGAUCGUGAGAGGUUGAUGGGCCGACUCGAGAUCCAAUUGCAAAGAGCGAAGACGCAGGCCACUCUCGAAGGCAAAGUACUAGGCCAGGUACAGCCGAGCGAGAAGCUAAGAGAGCUGAGAGAAAGAAUGGAGGGUCAGACCGACGGCGACUUCGAUGGUGUGGAUCCCAGCUCCCUCGGCUCAUCAAGAGCAAAGAGUGGUGUCGUGCGAAGGAAACCUGUUGGAAGUGCCUUUGACGACGACGAGGCGAUGCCUGAUGUUCUUGAGGAUGAUGAAGACGUCGUCAUCGAGAAGCCUCGCCUCGUACAGAUGCACAAGCCCAAGCUCAGCAAUGCCGGUCGCCCUCCUACCGGACUCUUGGAUGAAAUCACGUCGAGAGUCCAACAAUACGGCGACUCGGAAGCAGACGAAAGCGAAAGCGCGAAACACCCAAAGCUGGCGCACCUCCUCCACCGCCGCCGCCACCACCUCCACCUCCUGGUCAACUUGGAUUUCCUGCCAACAUACCUCCUCCUCCGCCCAUGCCUGGCACCAAUGCUGCUGGACCCCACCUCCUCCGCCUCCGCCCCCACCACCUCCCGGUGCACUCGGUUUCCUGCUGCUCCUGGCAUUCCUCCUCCACCUCCUAUGCCUGGUCAAAUCGAUGGCAGUAUGCCUCCACCGCCUCCUCCGCCCCCAAUGCCAGGUGCAAAACGAGGUGGCUUCAUGCCAAAGGCACCUGCCUUUGGUACUGCUUCUGCGCACCUUACAGGACCCCGACCCAAGAAGAAGCUCAAAGCGUUGCAUUGGGACAAGGUCGAUUCGCCUAAUUCAACGGUAUGGGCAAAUCAUGGUCUGACUUCAGAAGAGAAAGAAGAGAAGUACCGUGAACUGAAAAACAAGGGUGUACUGGAUGAGGUUGAGAAGCUGUUCUUGGCGAAGGAGAUCAAGGCCAUCGGCAAGAAGUCGGCGAAGAAGGACGACAAGAAACAGAUCAUCUCACGCGAUUUGAUGCACACCUUCCAGAUCAGCAUGUCCAAGUUCUCACAGUAUUCAGCUGAGGAUGUUACGAACAUGAUCAUUCACUGUGACACGAAAAUUCUUGACGAUCCCGUUGUUAUGGAGUUCCUGCAGAAGAACGAUCUCUGCGAUGUACCAGAUAACGUAGCGAAGCUCAUAGCACCCUACUCGAAAGACUGGACCGGGCCGAACGCGAACGAAAGCAAACGGGAACAGAACCCUGAAGAUCUUACACGAGAGGACCAGAUCUACCUGUACACCGCGUACGAGCUGCAUCACUACUGGAAGAGUAGGAUGCGGGCCCUUAGCCUGACUCGCACUUACGAAGCCGACUACGACGAGAUCUCUAACAAGCUCCUCGAGAUCACGCGGGUCUCAGACGCCCUGCGCAGUUCCGUCGGUCUGAUCAGUGUCUUGGGACUUAUUCUCGACAUCGGUAACUUCAUGAACGACGCAAACAAGCAAGCAACAGGUUUCAAAUUGUCCACUUUGUCUCGACUGGGAAUGUUGAAGGACGAUAAGAACGAAUCGACUUUCGCCGAUCUUGUCGAACGCAUCGUCCGCAACCAAUACCCUGGCUGGGAGGACUUCACCGAGGAGAUCAACGGCGUUGUGAAGGCCCAGAAGAUCAACGUUGAGCAGCUGCAGACCGAUGCGAAGAAGUACAUCGACAAUAUCAAGAACGUCCAGAUGUCACUUGAUUCAGGUAACCUGUCUGACCCGACAAAGUUCCACCCUGAAGAUAAGGUCGCCAUCGUGGUGACAAGACACAUGAAGGAGGCUCGACGGAAAGCAGAGCAGCUCCAAGUCUUCUUGGAGGACAUGCAGAAGAUGUACGACGACAUCAUGGCCUUCUACGGCGAAGACCCCACAGACGACAGUGCCAGACGCGAUUUCUUCGCCAAGCUGGCAAACUUCGUCACGGAAUGGAAGAAAUCCAAAGAGAAGAACAUCCAGCUCGAAGAUCUCCACCGCCGCAACGAAGCCAACAUCCGCCGCAAAGCUGCUGGUCCCAACCCGCUUUCAUCGUCUGCUCUCGCCAACGAUACGGGCGACGCACCAAAGUCCCCCGCCAACACAGGCGCUAUGGACGACCUCCUCAAGAAGCUGCGCGACGCUAAGCCCGAGGCACGCGACCAGCGUGAUCGCCGUCGUCGCGCUCGCUUAAAGGAUCGCCACCAGGUGCGCGUCGCAAGCGGGCAGCAAAUCCCCGAAAUAGGCGUCAACAUGGAAGAAGAGAAAGAAGAAGACGCCGCGAGCGACGCAGGCAAAGCGAUAUUAAGUCCGACAAGUGAGGGCGGCGAAAGCAGCCAGAGCGCCGAAGUCAAGAGCCCGACUGAUGCGUCUGCAGAGCCGGAUGUUGCGGAUCGAGCGGCGGCUAUGCUGGAGGGUCUUACAGGGGGGUCCGUCAGCAAGGAUGGAAGUCUUGUUAUACGAAGGCGGAGGGAAAAUGCGGAUUCUGAGCGCGAGCGUAGACGGCGGAGAAGGCAGCAGGCUAGUACGGCGAGUAGUGUCCGGUCUGAAGACGCGGGCGGGCUGAUGAGUCCUACGAUUCCGGAAGAGGGAGAGGAUGGCGUCAGGAGGGGCAGCGUGGUUAGUCGGGAUGGCAGCGACGAUGGGCCUCAGACGCCGAUUACAAUCGUCAGUCCGCCGAGUCCGGAGCAGAAGCGCGACGGGGACGACGGCGGGAGGAAGUUGCCUACGCCGCCGCCCGAGUCGUAG